UUUUAUUGAACACUACACUAUAAAAUUGUAAUUUUAUGAAAAAAUGGCCAGUAUACCAAAAGUACUGUUACAGACAAGAAACCCUAUAUUCUUAUCCAAACGAUUUCGUGGAAAAAUAAACAUUCAGAAGCCAAGACCAGCUCAUUAUGAUAAACAACUUCUUCUCGACUUGACACAACCUGUUUAUCGUACCCCCAAACACGAGAAAACGGAAAUUUCUCUGUGCACUAAAGGAGUAUCUAAAUGGAAUAAAGCAGAGAUUGAUAACCCCUUUGAGAGAAUAUUAGCAAAGGAAUGCUUAGAUUGGUUUAAUACAUCCAAAAUGGUUGUGUUUCUGCACAUGAACUCCAUAAAUAUGGAGGAUAAACUCCCAAUCUAUGCGUCACUGAAAAGAAACAAAAUGACAAUGAGAAGAUACGGCAAAAAAAUCAUAAGUAUGGCGACAACUGGCACCCGUUAUGAAGCUGUUCAGCAUUUGUUUGUGUCCCAACAAGAACUUAUAUUUGGGCAACCAGAGGAUAUUGGUAAAUUGCUGAAAAUUUUGAAGAAAGCUCCACAAAUGGUUGUCUUAGUGGGUAUCAUAGAAGACAGGUUGAUGUCAAAGAAUGAGCUGAUGGAAUUCAGUCAGCUACCGAAUAUUGAUGUAGCCCGGAGUCAGCUGUGCUCUGUUCUACAGAGUGCGGGCUCCAGCAUCGUGGGCCAGCUGCAGCAGAGCCAGCAGAUGCUGGUGGGACACCUUGACAAACAUGCCGAGAUGCUCAGUGGAUCCUCACAACAGGAGAAAAAAGAUAAAGAAUAGUACAAAUAUGGCUCGUUAAACAUAAAUUUAUAGAUUUCUAGUGUGUAAUAUUAGUCA